CCUCAGGGAAAGACGAAUUUCCCCCCUUGUAUAAGAUGAUAAUUUGUGGGGUUUACCAAAGCCGCAGAGUUAUCCUUUGUGAAGCGUUUAUUUCGGAGGUUUCACUAAAUAUAACCAUAACACCUGAGGAUUUAACACAAGCUCUCUGCAUUCUCACCCAAAGUUCCGGCAAGGCACUGGUUUUGUACUCACCGGCCGGCGAUCAAAACCAGUGCUCACCGGAUUUUCCAUCAUUCUGGGUUUAAUUUGCCCUUUCAACGCCAUAGUCAAUACACCAAGAAUCUCCUUUCUCUUUUCGGUUUACUUUCUUCCCCUUGUUCCUUUGAUAGCUAUCUCACGUUGUCUAGCUAGUGACCUACGUGUGUUUAGCUUCAGGCAUUGUGACCCUUGUUUUCCAGGUAGCCGCUACAAUUAGAUGACAUUGUUUCGUCCCCGUGUCUUCUAUGUCUUGACAAUUCAGAAACAAUUGGACCAAUCUGUUUCCUACUGAAAUGUGGACGUCCAUCUCCAAACCUUAGCCCCACCACCACCUGUGUUUGAGGUACAAGGUUUCUCCGGCAAAACAUGACGACCAAGGUGAAAGGACUGUUCAAAGGACUCCGUUACAUUUCACAAAUAUUUGAUGAGAAGGAAGUAGAUGACAUACAAAUCGGGUUUCCAACAGAUGUAAAGCACGUGGCACAUAUCGGGAUGGAUGGUCCAUCAGCAAGCACCCCAACCUGGAUGAAUGAAUUUAAAACUGCAUCCGAGGUUUCACAACCUGCACCGGCAGAAGCACCAGUCAACCCUGUCAAAACUCCAGGAGACAGCAAGACUUCAAAGGAUUCAAAACAAGUAAAACAUAUUCCAAAAUCAAGGCACGGUUCCUUGGAAAGCAAUAACGUUGAUUCCCCAACUCGAGGGAGCUCCGACGGAUCAAAGCAUGCGCGACGCCACCGAUCAUUGGACCCUUCAUCGGAGUUUUCGGUUCGUGAUUCAUCGUCCUCUGGCAGCCGACAAUCAAGAAAAGCCCGGAGCUCGAAUCCAGGAUCCGAUUCGCAGGCGGCAUCGAAACCCCGGCGUCGGAAGACGAAGACGGCAUCCGUUGACGGCUCGGAGAGGUCAUCAAGAAGAUCGUCGAAAGGGGAUUCCAUGACUGAUAUCUCUUUACCUGAUCUCGAUGCUGUGAGCGAAAACUGCUAUCAGCGGAAUAACAGCGAGAAUUGAGGAUUGACUUGGAUCGAUCAUUCAGGUGUAGAGAUACAGAUGAGAUUGUAAUGAGGAUCUAGAGAGAAAGAGAAGGCGGGAGAGAGGGGAAGAUCAUUUGUAUUUUGUAAUCUGUAAAUUAGUUAAUUUGAAGUUUGGAUGCAGUCCUCGACUCGGAGGUUUGCCUUCGAUUUUUUUCCAA